AUGGGCGAACAUCUUCCAAAUACAUUGACGAUAAAAACAAAGACACAUUCAAUUCUUGAUGAUUACAUUAUUUACUGGAAGGAUAAACUUGGAACUGGAAUCAGUGGACCUGUCAGAUCAUGCAAGAAGCUAUCGACAGGUGAACGGUUUGCUGUGAAAUGUCUUCCAGAUACGAUGAAGACUCGAAUGGAAAUCAACUUGCACGUCUUGUGCAGUGGCCACCCGCAUAUUGUUUCCGUUUAUGAUGUGUUCGCAAAUGAUGUACAGUUUCCGGGGGAAUGUCACCCAAGACCUCGGUUACUUAUGGUCAUGGAACUGAUGGAGGGUGGAGAAUUGUUUGAUCGAAUCAGCAAGGAGAGAUGUUUUACUGAAAAGCGAGCCACGUUUUAUAUGAAACAGAUUGCUUCAGCAAUAAAACGGUGCCACAGUUUAAACAUUGCUCACAGAGACUUGAAACCUGAAAACCUUCUCUUGAAAGAUAACUCUGAGGAUGCAUUGGUGAAGUUGACAGAUUUUGGAUUUGCAAAAUUUGACAAUGGCAAACUGAUGACACCUCACUUUACCCCAUAUUAUGUUGCCCCGCAGAGAAUUCUUUUUCUUUUUCAGAGCUGUGAUAUGUGGAGCCUUGGUGUCAUUCUCUACAUUAUGUUAUGUGGUUACCCACCAUUUUAUUCAGAGACUCCUUCACGUCAACUCUCAGUUGAGAUGAAAAGAAAAAUACUGACUGGUGAUUAUGAGUUUCCAGAGGAAGACUGGGAGUUUAUCUCCCCUGCAGCGAAAGAUGUUGUUCGGGGUUUGCUUCAUGUGGAACCAAUUCAUCGAAUGUCAGUUGACGACUUGGAACAAAGUCCGUGGCUGAAGAAAAAUGCACCUGAAACAGUUCUUCAUUCUCCAUCCAUUAUUGCCAAUAAGAAUGCUCAGGAAGACAUGAAAAUUUUUUUUUCUGAAACUUUUUUGACAAUGAGACAAAGGAAAAAUUUUAUCAAUUUAAAAACCCCUUUUAAAGUCAACAACCCUAUUAUAAGAAAACGACAACGCAGGUAA